ACAUUUGACAUUAAUAAGGCGUUUACUUUCCAGCUCGAGUCUUUUGCAUCAAAAUGGCUCCAAAACCGAAACCCACGGAAAAAACUGCGAGCAAAACUUCUGACAAAAAACCAGAAAAGAAAGCUGAGAAGAAGCCGGCAUCUGUUGCUGCUACUUCUUCUAAAGUAAAAAAGCCAGCAACAAAGCCUGCUUCUACCGCUACAAAAAAGCCAGCUACUGCAAAACCUGCAAGUACUGCUAAACCUGCAGCAAAACCAGCAGCUAAGCCUGCACAAAAAGCAGCAUCGAAAGUUGUUAUUUCAAAACCUAAAAAAAAUGCACAGGCAACAAAGAAAAUACCAAAGGGAGGCAAGCCAUCAACAACACCUCUCAAAAAGGCUCUCAAAACCCAGAAAAAGAUCUUGAAAGGUGUACAUGGAUCUAGAGUAAGGAAAAUAAGAACUUCAGUACAUUUUCAUCGGCCAAAGACAUUUAGGCCACCAAGAAAUCCAAAGUAUGCACGAAAAUCUGUCCCUAGUAGAAGUCGAAUGGAUGCAUUUAACAUUAUCAAACUUCCUUUGACUACUGAAGCAGCGAUGAAAAAAAUAGAAGAUAAUAAUACAUUAGUUUUUAUUGUGCAUACACGUGCUAGUAAACAUCACAUCAGAGCUUCUAUUAAAAAGCUUUACAAAGUUGAUGUGGCUAAAGUGAAUACACUUAUUAGGCCAGACGGAAAGAAGAAGGCGUAUGUGCGCUUAACGCGUGAUUACGACGCCCUUGAUGUUGCCAACAAGAUUGGCAUCAUAUAAAUUAUGUUCCAAUAAUUAUAAAAUAAAAUGAAGUAACUGUACAUAUUGUGUAUA